UCUUUACCUUUUACAAUGACACGGUCACACGGAUAGCAACGCCAACCCAGAAAAGACCCCACCAACCACAUUUCUAUUAAGUUUGGAAGCAUUCACAAGAAAAUAACACUUUUUUUGUCUGUUGAAUCUUGCGCUUUUAGCUUUUAUCCAUUGAAUAGCAAGAGACCCCUUUUGUUCCCUUUUGUUUUUUAGUCCUUUAAACAUUCUUGGCUUCUUUGCAGAGCUGGAAUUUUCACUCUUCAACCCAUUGUUUUGAUCCCAAAUCAGAAAAAAAAAUAAAAAAUUGGGUUUGAUAUGAUCCGUAAGCUGAAAGGCUGAAACUAGUAUCAUUGGAGACACCCUUUUUCAUCUCAUAAUUUGAGGUUGAUCAACGAGAUCGUUUCGUUCAGAGUUCAGACUAAUCAUGGCGUGUUCCUUGAACAGUGUUUUCCGUGUUCCUGACUUGAAUGAGAGCAUGUUUGGUUCCAGAACCAAAGGGGCUUUAGUGCCUUGUCCUUCAAAAACUGGCAAAGUUAAAUCAUGGGGUUGUUCUGUUUUGAGUAAUGCUUUCAUGGGAAAAUCCAUUUCUCUUGAUGAAAAGGGUUCAGGAUGUUGCAACUCAAAAUCCUCCAGUAAUAUCCCUGUUCAUGCACAAGCAACAAUUUGUGUUAGCAAGGCUUUGAAGUGGUGGAAGAAGACCCUAAAGCCUAAUAUGAUUGAGAUCCAUUCAGCACAAGAACUGGUCCAUUCUUUGGUCAACGCUGGCGAUUCAUUGCUUGUGGUUGAUUUCUAUUCACCUGGUUGUGGAGGCUGCAAAGCCCUUCAUCCUAAGAUCUGUCAAAUAGCUGAAUUGUACCCAAAUGCAACCUUUCUGAAAGUCAAUUACGAGGAACUGAAAACAAUGUGUCACGGUUUACGAAUUCACGUGUUACCCUUCUUCAGGUUCUAUAGAGGUUCGGAGGGUCGAGUUUGUAGCUUCAGCUGUACCAAUGCCACUAUCAAGAAAUUUAAGGACGCUUUGGCAAAGCAUGGGAGUGAACGGUGUAGUUUUGGUCCAACAAAAGGUUUGGAAGAAUCCGAGUUAAAAAUUUUGGCUUCUAUUGGUGAAAUUAAUUCUUCUCCGUUACUAUGUCCUAAGCUAGGGAAAUUGGAAGAUUUGGUUAUGGAGAGCCAUGAUUUUUCUGGGGUUUGGAGCAUGGAAAGUAAUAGCAGGGGAAUUAUGCUGGAUGCUAUAUAUUGAUUUAUUUUCAAACUAGCUAGUAGGGCAUUUAUUUUGCCAUCUUACAGAAUGAAGAUUAUAAUGGAGUAAAGCAGUUCCAUAUAAUUUGUUUUCCUAAAAUAUUUACUGUUUUUUAUUUUUUCUGUAAAUUAUUAUUUUAUUAUUUUUUUUUGGAGGGGCUUGUAACAUUAUUUUGGUUGGAUUUGAGCCCUACAAUUUUGCAAGUGCUGCUGGGAUACUAUCUUCUGUAUCUGAACCCUCUCAGAAUUUUUUUAAUAGUUCUCUAAAUCAUCUUAAAAGUGGUAUGGCUCAUUGAAUCUUUA